AUCCUCCUCAUGCACAGGGGGGGGAAGUCCCAGAUCAGACAGAGAGUGAGUUCAUAGCCAAAUAAGCUUCCAUGCUGAAAUGCAGGCCUGUCUCACUGUCAUCUUCAAACCAAGGAUUCUCCCACCGCGUCUUCAUCUCGCCAGUGUGAAAGUUAUCAGGGCUGAUGGCUGAUGGGUGCCGUGUGGAUCAGUACUGGGAUGGCUUAAUCAAAAUAUGUAUGCCCUGUCAAGUGGAAUGCAGGCGAAAGAGAAAUGUCAACCCCAAAUGCAACAAUUGGUGUAAGUUUGCAAAUUGUAAGGCACAGUCUGGCCACUUCUACGAUGAUCUGCUGAAGGACUGCAUGAGGUGCACUGCGGUUUGUGGCCAACAUCCAGUAGAAUGCUCCAAGCACUGCCAGAGGACGCCUAUUACUGUGACCACUAAAAAGCUCCUGGUUGAAGUUACAUCACCCAUGCCAUAUUCCCGAGGGCUGUCAGUGCCAACGGCCCUAGGAGACUCCACUAUCGUGCUGUACCCUCUGCUGGCCCUGUGCAUGCUGCUGCUGUUUUCUAGCUUGUUUCUAGCCUUGGUUGUCUUUCUGAGAGGAACCAGGACCAAAACCUCUAAGUUAGGACCCAAGGAGGUUAACCACAACCAGGAGUGUGUUGUUCAGCUCGGCCAGGAGGUUGGCCAGCCAGGUUGCCAGCUGGGGCAGAGCUCCAAAGAUGUUGCAACAAAUUCAAGCCGCCCCACCGACCGCGAACCAUCGGAUGACUCCAGUCCUACUGAGACUUGCGUGUGUGUCCACUGUUUCCCUGAUCUGAAAGCACUAGGCCAGGGCAAUGACAAGCCAGUGAGGGAACCUUUCCCAUUCUACCCACAGGCUGUCCCCCAUAGAGCCCAGAUCCAAAAGAACGGAUAUCUCUGGAAUGGGGAGGACUUGUACACUUCUGUACGGGAGGGGCCGGAGGAAGCUGCAGUAGGAUGAGGGUCACUUGCUCCUCAGGCCAUAGGAGGAAAUUGUUAUUCAACUGGAUUUUACAGUCACAGCAAAGUUCAAGUGUGUGGACUGUGAAAUUAAGAAAAGGCGUUCCUGUAUGCGUUAAAGUGUUAAAGGGAUGCAAGCACAUCUACCAGCCCUACCUGCACAUAUUUUACACUCUUCAGGUGUUUUGUUUUUGUGGUUUUAAGUACAAAAAAAAGAACAUCUAGUUUUAUAUCCCCUUUCUUUCGAUUCUCUCUAAAGUUCUACCAAGAACAUUGUGUUCUGUUAUUGUAUUAUGCGUUUUGUAAUGAGCCUCUCUUUCUGAUUUGCUGAUUAAGUUACAAAUGGCCAGAACAACCACAAGUAACAGAUUGUGGACUAACUGGUGUGUCAAGGCUGUGUUGGGGGCAUGCAUAAGGGCAGUGACUGUAUAGUUGUGAUAUCACAACCUUUCAGAACUUUCUGUAAGGUCGAUGGGUAUUUCCCAAUGAAUGGAACGACGUUUUGAUACUGCCACAGUACUUAUAUCGCACAUAGACCUGCUUUUUAACAAAAAACUAAAAAUUGGAAAUGUUAUUUUCUAUUGCAUGGGACCUUUAAAAACACAAAAGCAAAUAAGUGUAAGACAUAUUUCCAUCCGAAAUAUUUUAAAGCUGCUUUGCAGUUGAUUCAUAUUAAGACGUUUUACUCCGUGAUGAAGACAUGCUGAUGAAACAUGAAAGUUCGAAUCACAUGGCAGUAAAUGAUUAUCACUGUUGAUGUGGCAAUUAGUUGACUCAUUUUUUUAUACCGCCAAAGAGUCACCUAAGUCCAAAAUGUUGAAGUUCUACUGCCCCCUCCGUUGGGUCUUCAUGUUUAUAACCACCAAAUGUAAAUGGAGGAGUUGAGGCAUGCGUGUAUAAAAUGCAUAUGUGCAAAUAUUGGCACAAAUAUGUGCAAUGUAUGUAUGAUAAUUGUGUGCACAGUAUUAUGGGUGAUGUUUUAUAUGAUGAUUCAUAAUUCUGUACUUGCUUUGGCUUUAAUAAGGAAAAAUAAAGACUUAACAGCAAAAAUUUCAAGAGGGAA